GUGCAAUUGAUACUUGAUAAUCGCUGUGCAUGUGGAAUCACCCAUUAAUGGAUUCAUCCUUGGUUAUCCCUGAAAAGACAUUGGGCUUCAGUCUCAGUUGUAAUUGCCAGACAUCUGAAGCUUCAUUAUUUGACGUCAAUUCGGCACGUCACCUGCACUUACCUUGCUCAAACCGCCGCUUACAAAAAAAAGUUGCAUCACCCAGGUCAAUAACUUUUAAGAAAACAGCCAGGCCACCUACAAACCACCACACAUAACCACAUCCAACACAAAAAAAACCACCAUGAACUCGGACAAGAACCUCAACAGUCUCCUGAAAUGGAGCAUUGAAGCCCAAGCGGCGGCCAAGGCCAACGCGGAGGCGGCAGCCGACGGGCAAGCCCCCGCGUCUGCGCCUCAGGAAGCACCAACCUCGCAGCUGACCCCGGAGAUGCUCAACGCCAUCAUGGGUGGCCCCUCCGAUGCAGAGCUGAUGCAGGCGAGCAUGGCGCACAUCACCUCGUCGGACCCGGAGAUCACGCUCGACUCGAAGCUCACGGCGUUUGACAACCUCGAGCAGCUGAUCGAGUCGAUCGACAACGCCAACAUGCUCGGCAAGCUGGGCCUGUGGACGCCCCUGCUCGAGCUUCUGGGCCACGGAGAGCCGCAGAUCAGGCUCAUGGCCGCGUGGGUCAUUGGCACGGCCGUGCAGAACAACGAGCCUUGCCAGGAGCGCCUGCUCGCGCUGGGCGGCGUGGAGAAGCUAGUCACCAUGGCGCUCGGGCAGAGAGUUGAGGGAAUCGAGGCGAGAGCCGGUGAUCAGGAGGCUAUCGAGGGCGCGACGACUACGGGCGCCGAGGAUGGCAAGGAGACGAAGGACGUCCGCAGGAAGGCCGUGUAUGCGCUCAGCUCGGCCGUGCGGAACUACCAGCCUGCUAUGGAUGUUGCGACCAAGGAGCUGGCGGGCAAGGGCGAGAGUGUCGCGGAGAAGACGGACGCGAUGGACAUGGACGCUGUGGAUUUGAUUAUCACCCCGCUCAGAGAGAAAGCUGCUGCUGCUGCGUAGGCAGCGAAUAUUCAAAGACGGACGGGGAAAACGGAUUUAGGCAGGAUUCUGAACGGAAACACGAGCUGGGGUCACGAGGCGGCGAAAGGAUUGCAUAAAGACGGCGUUGGAGGCGUUACACUCUACAAUACAUA